CUCACCCGACGGGGCUUACAUUCAGCCUGUUAACGUCCCCGUGGAGGACAAAUCUUUCCCAUUUUCUUCCCCUAAUGGAGGAAAUCCCCGUCGGGGAUCGGAAAUCGGGGCCCCAUUGCCAUCUUGACCCUGGCGGCGACCCACCUCUCAGGAUUCCAUGCAUCAUCCCCGGCGCAAAAAGGUCGCCCACACCUCUCACCAUCUGGCGCGACGCCAUCCACUUCGUGGCAACGCACAACAGCGCAAGAGACAGGGGCGGCGGCAUUGCCCUCACGUACACCGGCCGGCGGCGAGGUGGAGCUCCUCGUCUUCCCGGUCUUCUCCUUUCCCCUCCCCAAUAUCCCGUAGGCGGCGUGCGGGUGCAGGAUGGAGCUCUCCGGUACGGGAUAUGAUGGAUACAGAUUCCACAAGGAUUUUGAAGCAUUUUUUUCACCACCAGUUUCAGAUCGGAUCAGAGAUUAUAUAUUGUGCUCCAUUUAUUACUCGACGAACUGUUGUAGUAAGGUACUAGAAUACUACUAAUUUGCUGAUUCUAAACCACACGAUUUCUUUGCUUUCAGGUGUGCUCUAAGAAUUUUAGUAUCAAUUGGUACUUUUAGGACCUGUUUAGAUUGGGGAUGAAAAUUUUUUGGGUGUCACAUCGAAUGUGUCGAAAGGAUGUCGGAAGGGUUUUUUUUAGAACUAAUAAAAAAACAAAUUACAUAGCUCGUUAGAAAACUGCAAGACAAAUUUAUUAAGCAUAAUUAAUCUGUCAUUAGCAUAUUUGGAUUAGGCUAAUCAUGGAGUAACUAGGCUUAAAAGAUUCGUCUCGUGAUUCUCAACUAAACUGUGUAAUUAGUUUAUUUUUUAUCUACAUUUAAUGUUCCAUGUGUCCAAAGAUUCGAUGGUAUGGAUGAAAAAUUUUUGGGUGGGGAACUAAAGUAUCACUAGAUACAUGAUCUGUACAGUAUAGAAGAUCCGUUUACGCAUUUCAGCAGUCCUGUACGGAUGUGUAUGUAUAUGUACUCAUGCUCCUGUUUUUCAAUGACACGUACUGACGUACGUAUAAAUAA